CUGCCUCAGCUGGACCGGGCCUUGUACCUGCGGCCGCUACUCAGGCAGGACAGUACAGGCUUGAUGUCAGUGCUCCUGAGGAGGCUCCUGUGUGCUCACUGUCCCACGAAGCGGGAAGCUCAGCAAACAGCACCUCUCCAGCUGGCAGAUUGGUUGGCGACACGUUGUGGGCAGAAGAGUCCUGCCUUCCGGUCAUGGAGCACCGCGUGAGAGUCAAGUCUUGGGUAGAAGAGAAUCGGGCCUCUUUCCAGCCCCCGGUUUGCAACAAGCUUAUGCAUCAGGAGCAGCUCAAAAUCAUGUUCGUCGGAGGCCCCAAUACCAGGAAGGACUAUCACAUUGAGGAGGGUGAGGAGGUGUUCUACCAGCUGGAGGGAGACAUGGUUCUCCGUGUCCUGGAGCAAGGAAAACACCGGGAUGUGGUCAUACGACAGGGAGAGAUAUUCCUCCUGCCUGCCAGGGUUCCCCACUCCCCCCAGAGGUUUGCCAACACCAUGGGACUGGUGAUUGAGAGAAGGCGGCUGGAAACAGAGCUCGAUGGGCUAAGGUACUAUGUCGGGGACACUGUGGAUGUCCUCUUUGAGAAAUGGUUCUACUGCAAGGACCUUGGAACGCAGCUGGCCCCCAUCAUCCAAGAGUUCUUCCGCUCUGAGCAGUACCGAACAGGAAAGCCCAACCCUGACCAGCUGCUCAAGGAGCCGCCAUUCCCGCUGAGUCCACGGUCCAUCAUGGAGCCCAUGUCACUGAAGGCCUGGCUAGCUGCUCACUCCAGGGAGCUUCGGGCAGGCACAUCCCUCAGCCUAUUUGGGGACACCUAUGAGACGCAGGUCAUCGCCCACGGACAAGGUAGCAGCAAAGGCCCGAAACAGGAUGUGGACGUGUGGCUGUGGCAGCUGGAGGGCUCCUCUAAGGUGACGAUGGGAGGACAGUGUGUGAGCCUGGACCCAGAUGACAGCCUGCUGGUGCCUGCUGGGACUUCGUACAUGUGGGACCGAGCACAGGGGUGUGUGGCCCUGUCUGUGACACAGGACCCUGCCUGUAAGAGGCCACUGGGCUGACCCUCGUGGGUGGGUGCCCUUUCCAGACAAGCCCUUUCUGCCUCACCGCAUCGCAUGGACCUCAUCACGCAUCUCAACAGGCCCCUUGCUUGGUGGUGGGUUCUCGCUGUCACCGACCCUCCUGCCAUCGUCAGCACAGGACGCCAGACUCCUAGGGUACCAGUAGCUCCCCUCCCUUCUAACAGCCAGAGGCCUACACUGUUCAGCCAGGUGCACAUGUCCCGGGGGCCCAGCAGCGUGACGCUAAGACACCUCUCAAUAAAGGCAUCCUGCUGAUCGAGUGCAA